UAUGACACAAGAGGAUGUCAAAUUUUGACUCCUGUUGACGAUCCCCCGGAUAUUCCCUAUGGUGUGACGAGACACCGAAUAACUUUGUUGUCUUCUUUGUGAGUUUCAUGAUGGCUGACGAGGAAGAUCCCUUCGAUGACCCGUAUGAAAGUUUGCCGACAGACUCGACGAUGGGCACGCACAUGGUAGCCGGCGCGGCAGCGGGAGUGAUGGAGCACUGUGUUAUGUACCCCAUAGACUGUGUCAAGACUCGUAUGCAGUGCCUAGUUCCCAACCCUCGAGCAAACUACAGGAAUGUUCCAGACGCCCUGUACAAGAUUAUUCGCCAUGAGGGACUCAAGAACACAGUUAGGGGAAUUAAUGCAGUUGUAGGUGGUGCUGGACCAGCCCAUGCUCUUUAUUUUGCCUGCUAUGAAAAACUCAAAAAGCUGCUGAGUGGAGGGCAAGCUGGAAGCCAUCUUGCUUAUGGUGCUGCAGGAUGUGCUGCCACACUACUUCAUGAUGCUGUAAUGAAUCCUGCUGACGUGAUAAAGCAGCGGAUGCAAGUGUAUGAGAGUCCGUACCGGUCAUGUUUACACUGUGCCCGCUCUGUUCUCAAACACGAGGGCAUGGGAGCAUUUUACCGCAGUUACCCAACUCAGCUGACAAUGAACAUCCCGUUCCAGAGUAUACACUUUGUUACAUACGAGUUUAUGCAGGAAUGGCUGAACAAGGAUAGGGAAUACAACCCAAAGUCUCACAUCAUCUCUGGUGCAGCCGCUGGUGCGGUCGCCGCCUCCUGCACAAUGCCACUAGAUGUGUGCAAGACUCUUCUCAACACACAGGAGCAAUGCGCUCGCUCCCAUAUUAACUACAUCAAUGGCAUGAGGGCGGCGUUUCGGACUAUAUAUGAGUUUCAAGGCGUUAGUGGGUUUUUCCGCGGAUUACAGGCCAGAGUUGUUUACCAGAUGCCGUCAACUGCUAUCUCAUGGUCGGUGUAUGAAUUCUUCAAAUAUUUUCUCACAAAUCGGCAGGUGGCUGACGAAGCAUUUGUGCACUUACCGUCACCUGCUAAGGCUGCGGCUGCGGCGGGAUCAACAGUGCCUGUGCCAUCUUCCAGAUAAAACUCACUUUGGUCACUUUUGCUGAUCCUGUAGAUGCUCAUAUCACAUCUGACAGCACCUCCAUCUUGACUCUCCAGGUCACGCUGAUCCACAAAACUAUGUAUAACUGAGUUAUUCCACAAAAUUUUUUUUAUUGUUUUUAUGGAGGUGAGAGGAGGAGGAGGAGAAGAGGGUGGGGGUGGAGUGGGGGAGUUGUAUGUGAGGGGUAAGCAUGCCUUUAGUUUGGAAUUUAUGCCAGUAUGUCAGAUUCUUAAGGCUGUUGAAUAUGUAAAUAAUAAAAACAAAACCAUGCACAUGUACAUUGUGAUGAGAAAGCCUUAAUUUUCAGCAUGCACUGUCAAAAAAGUGUUGACAUUAGUGUAAAGUGUUCGAUACGUUUCUGAAAACUGGUCCGCAGUGUUUACUAACUACACAUCUUCGUGUGGACCUCAGUAAUUUAGAGCAAAUUUGAAACUUCUGUCCCAUGCUGUCACUUGUACUGAAGUCCUUAUAACAGUGACUGGUUUUGAAUAUAGCUGUUCCGCAACCAGAAAAAUUUGUCAAAAAUUAGGUUUUGGGGAUUUGCUUUAUAAGAAAUGAAAUGAAUCUCUUGUUAAGUGGGGUAUGGAUUGUGGUGAAUACAGUGUAAGACCGCAGGAGUGGAAAAGGUUGUGUAAUUUCUGGGUUAAUACUUUCUUGGCAUAGUUUUCUGAAUCAGUUUGACUGGACAGCAUUAUACACAAUGACAUUCCUGCUGUGUAAAAACUUGCCUGGGAAUUAAUAGCUGAUGAGGUAAAACCCACUUGUGAAGUCAGCUCUGUGAGCUGUAGGUAUGCCAAGGGAGGUAACUCUAGCAUUAUAAGAGUCUGUGAUAUUGAACUUACACGAGCAAUCAAGACCUUUGGAUCAUUUGGGAAAUUGCGAAAAUUGAGUAAUAUGCGAGAUAUUUUUAGAAUUUUUUCCAGAAACCAACAAAAUCUGUAUGUUGAGGUCAAACAAUAUCAUAUCAACGAAUAUGCACAUUGCCUGAUACUAUACAUACCAAGUGCAAAAAAAAGGUGUUCCUUCAUAAAACACAUUUCUGGGGUUUCUGUAAAAGUUCUUUCAAAAAUGUUUUACAUAAACAGUUUAAAAAUAAUCACAUUGGAAAUGGGUGGAUUACUUGCUGGAUUGAGAAGGUAAAAUCUCCAGAUUUUUGUUUUUCUGACAGUUUCUGAUUGUGCGUGUGACAUGCUUGAGGUGUGCAAACUGGAGGAGACUUGUGUGAUUUCACGGAUGGCAUGAAACACAGCUUGACAAUUUGUUACAUUUGAGGCAUAAUUGUUAUUAUUAUUAUUAUUAUUGAGUAAUCUUGUUACUGAACUACAUGUAUGCCUAGUGAAAGGUAUCAUUGUUAUCCUAUUAACAAAAUAGUGCAUGUGGUAUGUUCAAGUUGUUAGGGUGAGGGUGUAAGCCUAAAAUAUAAGCUUGUAUUUAAUUCUUGUUCAAGUUGAUCUAAAUGACUACACAUAGAAAAUUGCAUUAAGAUGUUCAAAGCAAAGUUAAUACUUUUACCAUGUUGUGGCUAGCAUUUAACUGUGAAUGGAGUGAUAGACAUCAUAAUUAAGAGUAUUUCCCUGCACAUUCUCCAGCCUAGACUAAUGCUUGGUAGUUCAGAUUAAUUAUUUAUUUAUUUAUUUGAUUGGUGUUUUACGCCGUACUCAAGAAUAUUUCACUUAUACGACGACAGCCAGAAUUAUGGUGGGUGGAAACCCACAACCAUCCACAGGUUGCUGACAGACCUUCCCACCAGCUGGCUAAUUAACCAGAUUAAUAAUUUAAUCCUAAAUAAUAUACGUGUAUAUCUAAAGCAGGAUUUUGGCUGACCUAUCUGAUGGACGGGGAAAUUGCUCUGGUGAUGAACAGUGUAUACAGUAACCACGUGUCAAAGUCAUUUCUCAAAUGGGCAUCCUUAAUCUCAAGUCAAAAUUGUGUUAAAUUUCCACUUUAAGAUAUACUGUAAAGAAAUUUCCCAACGUGUUGGUGCCUGUUCGAGUGUUUCCCAGUGCAAGUGACAACAAUGCGUCUCCCUACCUGAACACUUUUGUCUCGAGCUGCAUCGUCUUCAUCAUUAUCAGCUUAUUUGUAUUAUCUUAUUAGCUUGUUUGUUUGAUUGUUCGGAUCUGUUAAAGGUGGCACAAGAAGCGCUGAUAUCACAGAAUGUUUUCGUGGCAAGGAGCCUCUAAAUGUUCACUGGUCAUAAACUGGAUUCUCAGAUGUGGCAUAAAAGGCACAGAAUAACAAAACAAAGCCUAGAUUACAACUGACAUACAUGGAAGUCUACUCUUUUGUAUCUCACUGGGACUAAACAGUGUCUUUAUAAUGAGAUACAGAGUGCAUUUUGACUUGACUAAUUCGCUACCUUUGUUGAUAAAGUUCAUGUAAUGUGAAAUUGUGCUUCUCGGUGUGAAUUUUCUUCAAAUCGUGUCAGUCCUGUCGAAUAACCUGCAAAUCUCACUCUAACACAAGAUUUCACCCUGCAUAUAUUCACACCCUUGCACACCGGUGGGGGUGUACUUUAACUGUUAGCCUGGUUAAAGUUUUAUUUAUCCUGCGCUGUUCACAAAAUUGGGGCAAAAACUAUUUGUACAGUACACAAAAUAUUAAGCGUUGUGCAAUACCCGUCUUUUUUUUUUUCUCCAUUACUGUCACUUAAUCAUGAGUAAUACUGUACAUCAAGCAGACAACUCUAACGUGUGCUUUGUGGUGUUAUACAUGAAUCUGUAAAUCUGUAAUAGAGCUUUUGGUUUUUGACCCUGUGUUGCCUCUGAAAAGCCCUGGAUAUGGCUUAAUUAUGAAGAUAUUUACAUUUGUCACAGCGUACAGGUGCUGUUUAAUGGCUAUUUCAACUUCACUAAUAAAUUAAAAGUCAGAUUUAGUAGUUGCUCCUAAUACUGACUUGCUGCUGGCUUGGUUAGAAGUAACAUCUGCUACCAGUGAUCGAUUAAAAAAAAUACCAGUCAAAUUAAGUAAAAAUUUAGCUUCACAGAAACCAUAAGUUGAUUUGAGCAAAGUUGAUGGGCUUGAUGUGGUAAAUGACCAAAUUUUGCCCCAAAAAUUGUAUUUUUAGAGGCAAAUAAAUAUCAUAUAAUAUUACCUUUGGGGCUGCAACUGACAUUUUCCCAAGAGGAUAAUGUCCUACCUUUCAAUAAACCUUGAAAUACCUUUUUAAGAUCUGAGAACUCUCAGAAUCAGGCAAAAUAUGCAACUUUAGAUUUUAGGUCUUUUUUUACAUAAAGGUAUUAUUUCAGAUGUAGAGCAGGCGAGUAAGCAGUAAAGGGUGCAGCAACUGAAUCUGAGCAUAAGGAGAUAGAGACUGUUCAUAUCUACCCGGUAAAUCACUGACUUAUACAAUUGUCAAAGAACAAUCAAUAAAGUUGUUUUCAUUUAUAGUUGCCUAGUAUAGUACAUUUUAUUUCAGUCAUUUCUUCUAAUUUACAUAUUCUUAUUGUACACUUCAGUAAAUAAAAACUUCAUAACAUACUGGAAGUUAAAGUUUAAAUAUUUAGCUCUAAGUGAUAUAUUGGAAUUAUUUAGUUCAUACAUGUAGAACUUGUGUGAUGAUUGUGUAUGCCCGAAAAGGUUUUUGUUCCUUUGUGAUAUACUCGGUAGUGGUUGUUCAAUUAUGUUGCAAAAUUAGCUGUAUUUUUUUUUACAGGACCCUGUACUCAAGAGCACAAUUAUCACAACUCCAUUAUUAAUAUUAAACAAAAAACUUUAUUUUCUGCAGAUUGUCAUAUGGUUUAGGUAUAAUGGUUAAACUAAUAGUUUAAUAGGCAUAUGUAAUUUUCCGGUGUUAAUCAUAAGCUGUCAUGUAGCACAUUUUUGUUUUGUCAUGGGUUUGUUACAACAACAACUUGUGGUAUCUAUGGUAAAGCUGGUGGGAAACACUUUACAUUUUCUUAUAUAAACAAAGCGCAGGUCUCGUGAGACGAAUGUGCUAAGCUUAAAUUUCCUUGUUUGUGAUUUCUUAAUGUAAGAACUUAGGAUAUAGGACACAGUUAUCACAGAAAAAUAUGUAAAAAAUUCUGUAUUUUUUUGAAAACCGAGAAGAUGAAGUUCAGCAGCAUUGGGGUUACGACACUAGACGGAUAAUUCACUCCGAGUAACCAUGUUGAAAAAGCCCACGUCCUGUCAAAAAAACUAUUAUAGCUCUCGAUUGUCAGUGUUAUCUCCAUAGAUAGAUAUCGAUGCAAUACAUUGGAUUCUGCUGUUAGUUUAAGUGUUAAAGUGAUGCAUUUUGAACACAUUUAUGAGCAGGGAACUGAAACGACAAUGCCU